AUGGGAGUGGUUGUUUGGGCUUACCUUCGCAAAUCAGAUAGCCGCCUUCCUCUCCCACCCUCUCCUCCCACUUGGAGGCUUCGGGGGCACUUCCUACCACCUCGCAACGCAUCUCUCACUGUAGCGCGGUGGAUCGACGAAUAUGGUCCUCUGAUUACUAUUCGCUCAGGAAUUCAGACCAUCGUGAUUAUCGGCCGCCACAAAGCCGCGGUGGAUAUAAUGGAGAAGCAGGGGAAAAUGCUUGCUGAUCGACCCCACCUUGCUGCUGAAGACAUUCUUACACGCGGACUAUCCCUUGCCUUGUCGCACGUUGGGGACAGGUUCCGUCGAAUGCGUAGAGCACUCCAUGCGCAUCUCCAGCCCAAAUCAGCCGAGACAUAUCAGCCUCUGCAGAUGUCACAAGCGAAAACCGUGAUCCUCAACAUUCUUGACGAUCCACACAACUUUCAGAACCAUUUAGUAACUUAUGCCGCAGCGACGAUUAUGAAAAUUGCAUAUGGGAAGAUUACGCCGACGUCAGCAACUGACCCCGAAGUCAGAGAAGCUCACCAAAUCAUCAGGAGAUUUCGUACAAUCUUGCUCCCCGGUGCUUACUGGGUGGAGUCAAUACCGUGGCUCAAAUACCUUCCUUGGUAUGCGUCAGAAUUAAAAGACCAGUUUGAGAGAACCAGGCGACUCUACACAGACCAGCUGAACCGUGUGAAACUGCACAUGAGCAAUGUGGACAUCGGCCCUUCGUUUUCAAAAUACAUUCUAGAAAAUGAGCAUCUCUAUGGCUUGACAGAGAUCGAGAAGGCGUAUCUCGCUGGCUCCUUUUUUGGAGCUGGAACCGAAACAACUUCUGUGGCGAUAUGCACGGUGCUAAUGGCAGCUGCACACUUUCCUGAAGAGCAAGCUAAAGUUCAGGCCGAGCUUGAUGCAGUCAUUGGAUUGGAGCGAGUACCGACCUUUGCCGAUAAACCAUCCCUUCCUCGUCUGGAGGCCUUUAUCUCUGAGGCCUUGAGAUGGAGACCGUUGGCUCCCGAAGUCCACCCCACAGGAUUGCCUCACCGAACGACUGAAGAUGUCAUUUGGGAAAACUACUGCAUUCCCGCUGGAACUACGGUAGCCGGUAAUCACUGCGCUUGGAUUGACGAACAAGGCCGCUUGAGAGACGAUCUCACAUUCUUUGUAUUUGGGUUUGGUCGGCGAUCGGUGUUCAUAAAUUCGCUUCUUAUUCUUUGGGCCUUCCAGCUCAGUCUGGAUCCUACGAAGCCGCAGGAUGACAUGGGGUUCAACACGGCAGCGAUGCCAGAUGUCCCAUGCAGUAUUGAAUUUCAGACGAGGAUUCCAGAAGUGGAGGUUAGGCGUAUGAUGCAGAAUUAUCCCGAGGGCGAGUGA